GUUCUCUUACCCCAGCCAAGAUGGUUAACAGACGCUGAUAUCGUACAACAAAAAAAGGGAUCUCGGUUCUUCUACAAGACCAGUGAUGGUGAUAACUCCGUCGAAACAUACAAUGACCCCCUUGCAAACCCCAAGGGAUGCAGGAGAGAUGUCCCUCUCCUUAAGGAGCUGCAUGCCAACGUAGUCCGGGUAUAUGCCGUCCAUCCUGAAAAGAACCAUGAUGAAUGCAUGCAACUACUUGCGGAUGCCGGCAUCUACGUUCUGGCCGACCUGGCCGAACCUUCCCAGUCAAUCAACCGUGACACCCCGGAAUGGGACGUCAAGCUCUAUGACCGAUACACCUCCGUGAUUGACUCGCUAGCGAAAUAUACGAAUGUCAUUGGGUUUUUCGCCGGGAAUGAAGUUACUAAUAGCCUCUCCACCACGGAGGCCAGUGCUUUUGUGAAGGCUGCAGUGCGAGACAUGAAGGCUUACAUCUACGAAAAGGGAUAUCGACCGAUGGGUAUUGGGUAUGCGACUGAUGACGAUGCAGAUAUCCGCAAGAACCUUGCUGCGUACUUUGACUGCGGCAUAGGUGACGAGCGUAUUGACUUUUGGGGCUAUAACAUCUACGAGUGGUGUGGUGACUCUACCUUUGAGACGUCUGGAUAUGCAGCCCGCACUCGGGAGUUUGCUAAAUAUAAUGUUCCGGUGUUCUUCGCCGAAUAUGGAUGCAAUACUGUUCAGCCCCGGAAGUUUAGUGAGGUGCAGGCGAUUUACGGCCCCCAGAUGACGGGCACCUGGUCUGGUGGGAUCGUCUAUAUGUACUUCCAGGAACAGAACAAUUAUGGACUUGUCGAUGUAUCUGGUUCCAGGAUCAAGAAGCUGCCCGAUUUUACUGCAUUCGCAAACCAGAUGGCCAAGGUGAACCCAAAGGGGCCAAAAAUGGCUGCUUACACACCGGUGAACACGGCAAAUGCCCCCUGCCCUACCAUAAGCAGCGACUGGCAAGCAUCACGAAAGCUGCCCCCAACGCCGGACAAGGAGCUCUGCGAUUGCAUGACGAGGUCUAUCACCUGCAGAGCGAAGCCUACCGUCCCAGACGAAGACCUGUCCCGACUGUUUUCAACGGUGUGUGGUCUCUCGCCCAUGGCCUGUGAAGGAAUCGCCUCCAACGCAACGGGCGGUGUCUAUGGAAUGUACGGAAUGUGCAGCCCGAUAGAUCAGCUGUCCUGGGCCUUCAACACGUACUAUGAGGACCAGGUCAAAAAGGGGAACGGGCGCACUGCCUGUGACUUUGGCGGUGCAGCAGCUACGCAGACGGUGGCCAAGAAGCCCAUCUGCACAGCCAAACCACCAGUGUCUAUAAAGGUGUCGAAGAGUGAUGCACCGACGUGGAGGAAUGGCAGCAUCUUGGACAUCUCUGGGCUGGGAUGUGCCCUUGUUGCAGGACUGGGCCUUGGGUUGCUGUAG